AUGGGGUUGGAUAAGCGCGACGAACUGGAAGAUUCAAAAAGCGAAUACAACGCCAAGCUUGAGGAAAAGGUGAUGCGGAAGAUAGAUUUCUGGCUCGUUGGCUUUUACUCGAUUGUGUACAUCUUCCGAGUCAUUGAUUCGAAUAACUACUCCAAUGCCGCCAUCAUCAACCUAGAAGCUGGCACUGGAAUAAAGAAAGAGCUGAAUUUCAACUCCUCCCAAUGGGCCUGGACACAGUCCAUCUUCUCAUACAGCUACCUCAUUUUUGAGCCCACGAACACCAUCCUCCUCAAGAGAAUCACGCCCUCGAGAUGGAUGUUCGUCCUGAUUUUGUCCUGGGGUAUCUGUGCCUGCGCUGCCGGUGCUGCACAGGACUUUCCAGGGAUGAUGUGUGUACGGUUUGCGAUUGGAAUGGCUGAAGCCGGGUUCUACCCUUCUGUGCUCUACCAUAUGGCAUUUUGGUACAAGCCGUCUGAGCUGCGUUGGAGAAUAGCUCUCUUCUACUCUCUUGGUCAGGUGUCUGGCGCAUUGAGUGGGCUGCUGGCAUACGCCAUAAGCUUUAUGGAUGGAGCCGGUGGGUUAUCAGGCUGGCGAUGGCUGUUUAUCAUCGAAGGUCUUCCGGCAAUUGUGCUAUCAGUGGUAGCAUUAUUCGGUCUUCCAGAUUACCCGGAGACCGCCCGCAUGUUGACGGAAGAGGAGAGAAACUUUCUCAAGGGCCGUCUAUCCUCUUCGGCUCCUUCUGGCAAAGACAAAAGCUGGAGCUGGCAGGAUAUAAAGGCCCUCCUUUCUAGUCCAACGCUGUACACAUUCACUGUCUACUGGAUCGGGCAUGGUAUUGGCGGAUUUGGAGUGAAUUACGCUUUGCCUACUGUUAUCUACGAGCUUGGUUUUACUACGACCGCUUUAUCACAGCUGAUGAAUAUUCCUCCGUACGUCGCAUGCUUUUUCUUCUUGAAUACGCUCGGGUAUUUGCUACACAAAGGAUGGAUCAGACCCUGGACCACCGCUGUUGCGAUCGAAAGCACAAUAAUCAUCUGUUACAUUAUCCUAAUUACAGUCCCAAACUCCGUCGUCAAAUACCUCGCUUUGGUUGUAGCCACUGCCUGUGCCGGCUCUGCAUACCCUGUCAUCUGGCCAGAACGUAUUCGUGCGCUCGAGGGUACAGUGGCCGUGGGCAUUGGCAUUGGGCUGACGAAUGCCAUGGCUCAGUUUAGCGGCAUUGUUGGGCCUCAUGUGUACAGUACGGUAUUUGGACCGACGUAUCGAGUGUCAUAUGUUAUCUGUCUCUGUUUCCUGUGCGCGGCUAUCUCGGGCAUUCUGGCUUCGUGGUGGCUUGUCUGGCGGAAGGAUCGAAAGAAUGAAUUAGAGGCUGGAAUAGAAGAUGAUGCCUGA